GUUGAACUUGAAGCCAUAUAUUGAACACCACAGUAUUUUACUAGCCGAUCGACUCAGCUUGCUCAUAACCUUCAUGUCCCGCUAACAGUAGAAAUUACCUCAAAAACAAAUACUCGGGCUGUUCCAUUCCACCACACAUAAGAUUGGCAUCCUGGCCAACCUCCAAGUUACUCGACGCACGUCCAGAGUCCAUCUUCCACUCACCCCUUUGCCUCCCAGAGACCAAUUUCGACACGUUCUUGCCCGCCUUGUCACUGCUGGCAUGGCUCCAGAACAGUGUCAAGCUGCACCAGCGACGUUUCUUCAGACACCUGGCCUCAAGAAGAUACCCCCGUAUUGGUACCCGUAUACCACGAUGGCGAAAAUGAGAUGGCUUGAUCGCGAGAUCUUGGAGGUGGUUUCAACGGAGUUUAGGGAUCGUUCUAUGGAGUACUAUAGAUACGCACUCGAAUCGGGUGUGACAACUAUCAAUGGUAAAGUCGCAAAACCGGACACUGUCAUUAGAAAUGGAGACCGCAUAGAAAACGUAGUGCAUAGACACGAACCUCCAGUGACGUCCAGCCCAGUCAAAGUAUUAUUACAAGACGAUGAACGAGGAUUUAUUGUCAUAGAUAAGCCAGGAAGCAUUCCUGUUCACGCUUCUGGGAGGUACUUCCGACACAGUCUCGUCGAGAUCCUGAAGAAUGAAUUCGGAUACAAGAAAGUUUACACUAUUAACCGCCUGGAUAGAUUAACAUCGGGUCUGAUGAUUAUACCUUUGUCGUCUGAGUGCGCUCAAGCAAUGUCAAAGGAGUUCAUGGCCGGUACUGUGCGUAAAGAGUACGUGGCUAGGUGUAGAGGGAAGUUUCCAGCCGAUGAACUCACUUGCGAAGAGCCUCUUCUAACUGUUGAUCGUCAAAUGGGAUUAAAUAUUGUCCAUCCUGAAGGAAAACCAGCUCAAACUAUAUUCAAACUAAUACGUUACGAUGAAAAUACUAAUACCAGUGUCAUCCGUUGUCAACCUCUCACAGGUCGCUCACACCAAAUUCGUGUACAUCUCCAAUUCCUUGGAUUCCCAAUUGCGAACGAUCCAAUUUAUUCUGAGACAAAAAUAUGGGGGCCUAAUCUUGGUAGAGGGGGCGUAGAUGUCGUACCUAGUGAAGAGCGUUCUGCUCCUGCGCCUCCACCACAUCUUCACUCAGAAAUAAGCCCUGAAUCAUUAUCUGAUAAAAUAACAGAGGUUGAAAAUAUAGACCCUGCAGUUGACAAGCCGAAACUGCUUCCAAGAGAAACAGGACACGAUAUCGGCAUGGGAUCACCUGUGCCACUCUCUGCAGAGGCGGUGGGUAUCAUCACGCGUUUACGAAAUAUGAAGGACGAGGAUGAAGACUGGAGUCGAUGGCGAGAUGUCGUCUUCCGAGCGAAAGGCGCACUGGUGCCCAAGGGGUUACCUCAAGUGCCGCUUCCACCCCAAAACAGAAGAAAAAGAGGGGGACCAAGCCAGGUAGAUGAGGCUUCAAAAGACACCAUCAAUAUCGCUGUGAAUGAUAAAGUGAAAUCAUCCG